CUUCCUGAAGCGGGGGGAGGGCGGGAGGGGGCUGGGUUUGCGUUGCGUUCCGCUCCCUCUCCGCCCCCUCCGGCCCCUCUCUCCCAAGUUAGCCGCUCUGCCGCGGCCCCUCCGCAGCGGCUCGCUGCGGGCUGCCCGUGCCCCGCGCCCGGCGCUGCCCGCGGCGGGGCGGGCGGGGAGCUGAGGCAAGCCAAGGAGCGGCCCGCCGCCCCCGGGGAGGCUCUUCUCCGGGGGAGCGGCGGGGGGAGGCGGCUGGCACAGGCGCCGGCUCCGCCGCCCGCCCCCCGGCACCGCCGCCGUUUGCCCAGCGCUGGCAGCCCCGGGAGAUGGUGAUACAUGAAGCGUGCGGGAAGGACCAUGGUUGAGAGGACCAGCAAGUUCUUGCUGAUCGUGGCCGUCUCGGUGUGCUUCAUGCUCAUCCUGUACCAGUACGUGGGGCCGGGGCUGAGCCUGGGUUCCCCCAGCGGCCGCUCCUACUCGGAGGAGCUGGACCUCUUCCCCACGCCGGACCCGCACUACGUGAAGAAGUACUACUUCCCCGUGCGGGAGCUGGAGCGGGAGCUCGCCUUCGACAUGAAGGGCGAGGACGUGAUCGUCUUUCUGCACAUCCAGAAGACGGGCGGCACCACCUUCGGCCGCCACCUGGUGCAAAACGUGCGGCUGGAGGUGCCCUGCGACUGCCGGCCCGGGCAGAAGAAGUGCACCUGCUACCGCCCCAACCGCCGGGAGACCUGGCUCUUCUCCCGCUUCUCCACGGGCUGGAGCUGCGGGCUGCACGCCGACUGGACCGAGCUCACCAACUGCGUGCCCGGGGUGCUGGACCGCCGCGAGAGCGCCGCCGCCAAGGCGCCCAGAAAAUUUUACUAUAUCACGCUGCUGAGAGACCCCGUAUCUCGUUACCUCAGCGAAUGGCGUCACGUCCAACGAGGGGCUACGUGGAAGACAUCCUUGCACAUGUGUGAUGGCAGGACACCAACUCCUGAAGAGCUGCCUUCAUGCUAUGAAGGCACAGACUGGUCAGGCUGCACGCUGCAGGAGUUCAUGGAUUGCCCAUAUAAUUUGGCCAACAACCGCCAAGUGAGGAUGUUGGCUGACUUGAGCUUAGUGGGCUGCUAUAACAUGUCUUUCAUCCCUGAGAACAAGCGAGCACAGAUCCUGCUAGAGAGCGCAAAAAAGAACCUCAAAGACAUGGCCUUCUUCGGCCUGACGGAGUUCCAGAGAAAGACUCAGUACCUGUUUGAGAGAACUUUUAAUCUGAAAUUCAUCAGGCCCUUUAUGCAGUACAACAGUACACGGGCAGGUGGGGUGGAGGUGGAUAAUGACACCAUACGGAGGAUUGAGGAGCUCAAUGACUUGGACAUGCAGCUCUAUGACUAUGCAAAGGACCUCUUCCAACAGCGCUACCAGUACAAACGGCAGCUGGAGAGGAUGGAGCAGAGGAUAAAGAAUCGGGAAGAGAGGCUUCUUCACCGGUCCAAUGAAGCACUUCCCAAGGAAGAGACCGAAGAGCAAGGACGCUUGCCCACUGAGGACUACAUGAGCCAUAUUAUAGAGAAGUGGUAGCCUAGGCAGACUUUUAUAUUGAUGAGAUUCUAGAGUUUCCAUAUAAAAGAUCAUGGAAGUAAAAUUAAAAAAAAACAACAAAAAAAAAUAUUUUAUUUAAAAGCACGUCUGUAAAACAGAAGAUAGAUUGCUUCCUUAAGCAUAGGGUCUUUUUACUGUUUCUUACAAGACCGAUGAGAUUCUUAAAAAAAUAAAUAAAUACAUAAAAAUAGAAAAGGGUCAACAUUAUGAUGCAGAAGUAAAAAAUGCACAAAUGCAGUUACCAACUCUUAAGGCCAAAUACAAAAGAACGUUUCUUAUCCUCCCGAUUCAGACAUAAAUUGACAGAAGUAGGAUUUUUUUUUAUAUCUGUUUAUCCCCUAAGCAUAAUGAUAUGAAGAUGCAAAAGUAAAAAAAAAAAAAAAAAAAAAAAAAAAAAAAAAAAAAGAAAGAAAGAAAAAAAAAGAAAAGGGAGGUUUUCUUCUGUGGAUAUUUUUGGAGGUGGGAUGGAAAUUGUACUGUUUGAAAGUAAAUGGUAACAGUGACUAAGUUGAGGAUGUGCUAUCCUCUCAGGCUGUGAUCUAAGCACAAGGGUAGUUGCUCAGUUUCAGCUGGCAGCCACUGCCAGAAAGUAGAGCAUCGUAAAAAUAAAAGAAGAAAAACAUCAGAGGAUGAGAAACAUUAAAGCAAAUUGACUGUGGCCUGGGAGAUGUACUUAGCACAGUGGUUUUGAUACAUUGCACUGGUAUCAAAUAUACAUAAGCAACUUCACCAUAAAAAUAAUAGGGAAUUCAUGCACAAAGCUCCCCAGAUUUGUUUCACAGGCAGGUCCCAAAACAAGUUAAAAGCCAACCUAAUUCCACAUAGGCUCAGACAUGCCAUUCGUCACCCCACACAGCUGCAGUUCAUGCCUUCAUCAGUAUAAUGUGUUAACAGCCCAUGCAAAACCCUAUCCUACAUAUUAAACAAGGGAGAGCAAGUUAAAUAGCAAUAGUUCCUCAUACAUCUGCAGGACCUUUUCCAGGAAGAUUCUGCAAAUGCUCAGUCAUUAAUGGCGACGCGAUAAAGGGGUGAUUUUGUUUUGUUCAUUGCUAUAUAAAAUAGGUGACUACAACAAAAAUGUAUAUGUACCCAUAUCCGCAUUUUUAAGUUAGUUUUACUUGUUUUUAUCAAGAAAGAAUGGGUAUCAGCCUAGUUCCAGUGAAGUCAGUAGAACUGAUUUCAAUGGAAACAGGAUGGGGCUUUAUUCCAGAGCUGUAAACAUUUCUGACUGUGGGUCUGAAUAAAUUAUGAGACUGUGAACAUUG